GAAAAGAUUUUUUUCAACGGAAAUGUUACAAUUAUUUCCAUUUAAAAAUAUAUAUAAACAAGAAACGUAAUAUAAGGAACCAAAAUGACAUCUUGGACUAAGGAAUUGGAUGAAGCAGCCGUGUUGGCAACGAGCAAAGGAACAUGGCAUAUUUUCCUGUUUUAUCUUCUUUGUAGUCUAGCAGCUAUACCGACUUCAUUUUUAGUCUUCUCUCAGGUGUUUACCAACGCCACACCGGAGCAUUGGUGCUCGCCACCACGUGUGCUACAAAAUCUGUCGCUACCAGAUAGAUUACUUAAAGAACUGACAGUACCAAAACAUAAUGGAGUCUAUGAAUGGUGUUCCAGCUAUACAUUUGACGAGAUUACUUUGUUUGAAAUGUUAAAUGAUUAUGUUGAUGAAAGAAGUGAAAUAAUUAACAAGGAUGGUGAUCAUCAGAUGAUAAAAACUAAAUAUCUAAUGCAAGCGGUUGGAAUCGAGGAACGUGAGAAACAAAUCGCAAGAGUGAUUGAAGCUGUAACAUUAAUAAGAAACAUGUCUACAAAAUGCACUACUGGAUGGCAAUUUACAACCGAGGAAUAUCCUAGGACUCUUGUUACAGAGUAUUCAUUGGUAUGUGAAAAUGAAUGGUUAGCGCGAAUCAGUUAUACACUAUUCUGGGUCGGAUCAAUAUUUGGUAAUCUUCUAUUCGGCUGGAUGUCUGACAGAUAUGGGAGGCGGCCGACAAUUUUGCUGAUGAUAUGUCUUGAAGUGCCGUUGGCAAUAGCAACAGCGUUCCCUAAUUCGUACACAACUUACAUAGCCCUACGGAUUAUUGGUGGUCUUUUCUUUCCGGCGCUAUAUCAACAACCCUUUAUAUUGGCUUUAGAAUUAAUGCCACCUUCUCGGAGACCGAAUGUAGGAAUCGUUGUUGGAAUGUUCUUUGCUGGUGGAAUCAGUUUAUUGGCAGUUAUCGCUUACGCAGUCCGAGAUUGGUUUCAUCUGACUUUGGCAACAAGUGUUCCCUUUAUUAUGUGCUUUGGUUACUACUGGUUGAUACCGGAGUCGCCGCGAUGGCUUGUCGGUAAAGGUCGCAUCAUCGAAGCCGACGAAGUACUCAGAAAGCUAGCUAAGAAAAACGGAAUUAAUUUGGCAGAAGGAUUUCUUUUAAAUAUUCACAGGAAUCUUGUAAACGAAGAUUUUGAAGAAGAAAGAGCCAACGUGAUUCCUACCAAUAUAAAUAAGGUUGAAAUAACAGAAAGUGUUGAUAAUAAAAAUGUUAAUUGUAGAAUAAACAAUAUGCUAAUAUUUAAACCUGAUGUUAAAAUAUUGUCUAGAAAUAACAGCAAUGCUGCUGAAGAAAGUAUAGAUCUCCUAGAUGAACUGCAAUCUUUAAAUUCUCAACCAAAAACAAAAACAGAAAAUACAUCUAAAAAAAUAACAAGAAUAUUUAUCAAAAAUGGAACUGACGAUGAAGAUAGCGAAAUAAUGGAUGAUAUCUCAAACGAGAAUUACGAAGCAUCUCUCUUAGAUAUUUUCAGAUAUCCAAAUAUAAGAAAAAAAUUUCUACUUUCAACAUUUGAUUGGUUAUCGUUAGGAGUUAUUUAUAAUAGUUUAAGUUAUAACACAUCAAACCUAGGAGUCAAUGACCAUUUGGCAUUCUUUAUAGGUGGAGUAGUGGAGAUUCCUUCUUAUAUAGUGGGUUGGCAUUGCAUGGAACGUUAUGGUCGACGAUGGGUACUCUGCAUAUUUAUGUCUAUCGGUGGACUGGCUUGCUUAAGUUGUACUCUAGUUCCAGAAGAUAUGCCAUGGGUUACCGUUGCCCUGGCAUUGUCAGGAAGAUUAUUCGUAGCAGCAGCUUUUGCGGUAUUCUAUGUUAUGAUUGGAGAAUUGCUACCAACAGUGCUAAGAGCUCAAGCUAUCGGCUUAGCAUCAUUUAUCACCGGCUUAGGUCUUUUAGCCUGCCCUUAUAUUGUACAUUUGGCAGUUUAUGGCCGUACACUACCGCUGUUCUUGAUGGGCUUGCUCAGUAUCAUAGCUGGAGUGAUACCACUAUUCCUGCCCGAAACGCUCAAUCAACCCCUACCUCAAACGUUAAAAGAUGGAGAAACGUUUGGUAGAAAUACUAAAAUAUUUAGUUGUGCUAAAAUUACUACAUAAUGAUUUUCUUUUAUUUUAAU